AUGCUGCUGGAUAAUGAUAUCUUUUUGUCUAAACUUACGCAGCUUUUCUUGGAAUCAAAGUCGGGCAAAUCUCUAUAUAUUACAAUGAAGCGUCAUGAUGGCCGAACAAAGCCUCUUCCUAAAUUAAAGGAAUUACGCCCAUCUUCUGGUGAACACUGCUGUCUUUUGCGUGCCGUUUUGGGAAAUAAAAAAAUAAGCACAAUUGUUUAUCAAAAGGAUAUGAACAAAUUCCACCAGGCAUACUCAACUGUGAUUAGAGGUAAUAUGGACGGUUUAAAGAAGAGGGAUCGACGCUCAGCUGCUACUCUACAAGUUCCCCAAUCAUCAGCUCGUAACAGGCCCUCUGCUCCCUCAACUAAUGCUCCCUAA